AUGGCGAAUCUAUCUAUCUAUCUAUCUAUCUAUCUCAGUCCAUAUCUCUCUAUCUAUCUCAGUCUAAUGUAUAAACAUAAAAAUGUCUUAAAACUAUCUAUCUAUCUAUCUAUCUAUCUAUCUAUCUAUCUAUCUCAUUUGUUCAUAUCUAUCUAUCUAUCUAUCUAUCUAUCUAUCCCAGUCUUUUCAUAUCUAUCUAUCUAUCUAUCUAUCUAUCUAUUUUAUUCAUAUCUAUCUAUCUAUCUAUCUAUCUAUCUAUCCCAGUCUUUUCAUAUCUAUCUAUUUAUCUAUCUAUCUAUGCCUGUUCAUAUCUUUCUCAGUAUGUUUAUAUCUGUCUAUAAGUUUAUUCAUAUCUAUCUAUCUAUCUAUCUAUCUAUCUAUCUAUCUGUUAAUUUAUUUAUAUCUAUCUCAGUCUUUUCAUUAUCUAUCUAUCUAAGGUGUGUUCAUAUACAUCUUAGUAUCUUUUGUUCAUAUCUAUCUAUCUAUCUAUCUAUCUAUCUAUCUAUCUAUCUAUCUAUCCCAGUUUUCAAUGAAUUCCUAUCUAUCUGUCACAAUAUAUUCAUACCUAUCGCAGUGAAUUCCGAUCUAUCUAUCUAUCUAUCUAUCUAUCUAUCUAUCUAUCUGUGUUCCAACUUUAUAUUUUAUGAAUGUCUUCACAUAUCUAUCUAUCUAUCUAUCUAUCUAUCUAUUUAUUAUAUUCAUAUCUGUCUCAGUGAAUCUCUAUCUAUUUAUCUAGCUAUCUGA